UUCUGUUUUUUUAAAUUUUUUAUUUUGUAGGGGCACAUGACAGUGGGGAUGGUUACAUACACACACCCCCACAAUUAAUUUUCACUGGUCUUAAGAAAGGUCUGCAUAGGAUGUACUCUAUCAAUGGCCAUUUGACAAAAAUCAUGUUAGAUAUCAGUGCGCCCCCUGUGCCCCGUCAGAGGAGUGCGCCCUGGUCCAUCAGGGUACUCUGAAUUGGAAUUCCCAUUCUGAUGUCACCCGUCCAUCCACCAGAGAAGGCGUUUAAAUGUGCUUGCCUAAGUGUCCCUGAGGAUUGUCUGCAGAUCCAGUGUCUCUGUUCCCUACAGGGGCACAGUUGUAUUUUUUUUGGUUAAUUUUCCAUUGUGACAGACAUGUCGUCGAUCUCCCACUCCAUCUGCACCCGUCGGUAUCCAUCUCUUAGCGGAAGACAUCAUGGAAUCGGAUGUUUUUAGUUUUCACCCAGAGGGCAGUUCUUCUCUUGGGAACCUGUGACCCUAACCCUCUGUGAAAGAAUGAUUGGACGCUUAUAGGACUCUUAUGACAGAGCCGAGCCAAUCAGGUGGCUGUGUGGCGAUCACCAUGGUGACUGACUGUCAAGAGCCCCAGAGAAUGUUUGUCCUUACACACACACACCACCCCCAAUCAGGCCACCUGCCACCCCCGUCCUCAGCCUCCCUCCUCAACCACCUCCCUCUCAUCUGAUAACUUCUCCAUCUGUCUUUGGUUUGUGUUGUAAAUACUGUAAAGUGCAUUUUGAUAUCAUGAUAUGUUUUGAUAUUUCCGUCACAACCAAUGACUGAUGAGAAAUUACUUGAUUCAGACAAACUGGGGCUAUGCUGGUGAAUAUAAAAAGUUCAAGUUUAAGCAUUAUUAAAAUGAAUUAGUGUCACGUGAUACAACGCAGCAUUGUAGCUGGUUCAUUUCUUUUUAAAUAGUUCCUCUCAGCAAGCAGAAGGAUGCAUUUGUACCAUGAAUUUGGAGAUUUACAUUUUUAUGUGUUAACCCUUUUGUUUUGCUAAUGCUUCAAAUUGAACUUUUCUGAAUUUUCCGUAGUGUGGACCCAGUGUGUUUUAGUUGAGAAACAAUGUGUGUUUUUACAGCACCUCACUGCUGAACUCAAAGUCAACAUAAACCAGGAGGACCCCCCCUAUUAAAUUAUCACUUCCUUAUAAGCUACAACUACGGCCCUGAGUUUUUCCUGGUCAGGUUCAGUGCUCAGGGAAAACUCUGUCCCUAGUAACGAUUCAUGAAAAUACAAUUAUUUUACUAUGAAGGGUUUUUAUGUAUUUAAAUGGAGAUUUUCUUUUUAUUUUAUAAGUUAAAGCAAGAGCUUGAAGGACAUUUUCACUUUUGGUGUUAAAGGGUUCCUCAACCAGAACAGUCUAUGGGCUGAGGGAAUCUUAUCUAUGGUUUAGUUUUCUUUAAACAGCCAGUAAGAUCGUCUGUUCAUUUUAGCUCCUGCUAGCUAAAAGCCAAAACAAGUACUCAUUGACUUUGAGCUAGCAUUGGCUAAAAUACAUAUUUUUUGAACAUCCCCUUUACUUCCAUUGAUUUCUUAGAUAGUGGUUGAUUAGGAAGCCUGUUUAAAGUCAAGUAAAUAAUGGAUUUUUAGUUUCCUGUGGCCCAUAAACAUAUUUAGGGUAACCAUCUAACAUCAAGUUGAAAAAGGUGAAAUUCUCCUUUUAAUGAUGUGAAAAGGUAAAAUGAUAGGGAGUGAAUUGCCAUGGUUGAGGAUCUCAAACCGCAAUGUAUCAUGGUUUAAUUGACUGUCUGAUCUAGAAACAGUUAUUUGGCGUUAUUUAUGAUGCAAGGUGAUUUAUAGAUCAGUCAGUUGGCUGUUGCCUGCGAUUUAUUAUAAUUAUUUUUUAUCCUCAUAAACAUGGCCGAUGGCCUCUGGUGUACUUAGAGAUACUGUUGUACAAAUUCAGACCCGGCAAAUCUGAAAUGCACCCUAUUCACUAAAUAGUGCACUACUUGAGGAAUAUGUUGUGCACUACGUAGGACACACGGUGCCGUUUGGGUUGCGCUUUAGUUUGUGCCAGUGCAAAGUGUUUCUGGUGUUGUCGGAGGAGGAUCAUCAUAGAAAAACAAACCGUGAAACUGUGUUGGAUCUGCUCUGAAAUUUCAGAUGCUGUGUAUUUACCUCCCAUAACUAGGGCUAGGAGGUUCUCUGCCAUUUCAUGUGCUUAGGAAAAACAUGGCCCCUUAAUUGACCUUCUCCAGUCAUGAAUCGUGAACAUAUGACGUGGCCAGGAGAAACUCCUGACUCCUGGUCGUUCCCCUCUGAUAAUAAGAGGUGUCAAACUCUGCACCAGUACAAACGCCUGUCCUGUACGUAAAAUCAACGUUGUCCCAUUGUUGGUCAUUUGUGUUUCUAUGGUGACGUAUAAUACUGUGUCAUUCUGGGAGGGUUGAAAGGAGGAUGAGGGCUCAGCAGAAAAGGAAAGAUUCUUCUGUUUCUGUUCCUUGGUCGUAGACAUCUCAAUAGUCUUUAAGUCAAGCCGUUUUGUCUGGUGAGGAAGGAGACCAGUCCGUGCAAAUGAAGGGGAUAACAUGAGAUGAAGCCACUUUGGACUGUUAAGAUCCAGCCCCAUGUUUUUCACUGACAACAAAGCAGUAUUGAAUACAAGGCAGUCUGUGUCCCAGGGCCAGUUUUUUUAUAACGUUUAGUUCAUUAAAAUGAUCCUGUGUCUUGUUCUGUUGUGUUGCCCAUUUCAAAUUGGGAACCUCCUUGAUUUAAGACUGAAAGGGAAAUCAGACCCAUCACAUGAUGUGACGCCACGUCAUGCUGGAACCGAGAACAUGUGUAUGUAAAUGAUCAUGUGAAAAUUGGUUGAAAUAUUGCCAUAUUUAGGAUUUUCUCUAAAGCAGUGGGGACAAUAUCUAAUGGGGCAACACAGUAUCAUGUCAAUCUGGAUUAAACAUUUAGAAUAACGGCUUCCUGGGUUUGCUUUGUAUUUCCUGAUAGGUUAGUUUCAGCUCCUAAAUGUCUUGUGUAGUAAUAAAAAAGUUUCCUCUUCGUACGUUUUCUUUCUAUUGUAAUAACGUUUCUUUAGACUGAUUAAAAAGUUGCUUAUUGAAAAAUGGUGGGAAAUCUUGCAUCAAUAAUAAAUGUAAUUUGUUUUGGGUUUUUCAUUGAGUCGUCAGUUGUCCGUUUUUGCCUGUGUCCCUCUCUGUUGUAGAUACGUCCAAAAACUAAUAAAAUUGCUUCACUACUUUCGCCAAGACAUUCGGUUCUUUCAACAGGUUGUUUUAGACGCUCCCAGGCUUUCACGACUUCAAGCAGUUUGCGCUCUUUAAGUGUGAGAAUAGGCAAAGAAAAUGUGUUUAAUGGCCUACCCAAAGACUGAACCGACAGCAACCCGAGGCUCGGUGAUUGAAACCUUUAACUGAGAGCUUUAUAUUCAUACGCCUUUUGUUAUCACGAGUCAAUGGCCUAGAGUGCUGUCUUUGUGCACAACUCCUCUCUGAGCUGUUUGAACUCAGCGGUGGCCUGGCGGAUGGAGGCUGUUUAAAGCAGACUUCAGUCAGUCAUUCUGGGGGCCUUUGUAGUGCGCAGACUCCGCUAUGGGCGACAUUUAGAGUUCAAAACCGCCGAACCAACUUUGAACGCUCGCCGGUGCCCACGUACGCCCUUCACCUGAAAAGGGAUUCACAUCCUGGUGCGGGAGAUAGAGGGGUAGAAGGCAACCGGAUUGGAGGGGAGAGGAAGACUGGAAGCGAUAGGAGAGAGUUAUGGAUGUGUAUCAUCCGUGUCCUCUCGCUGAAACUUUUUCCCAGCAUGUGAUUUGUGGACCUUCUACUGACAUGGAUUUAAACCUCACCUAACAACCCAGGUACACGGUUAACUCUCACCUCUCUGUUAGAGUGCUUCUUUCCAUUCCUGAUUCACUACCUUGAGCUUUCCUGCAGACCAUGCCAGACCCCCGGGACCUCCUAACAGACGCCAGUCCCCUGAUCGGGGCAGCAAGGCUAGGAAAGCUUCGCCUUGUUCGUCUGCUCCUGGAAGGGGGUGCCCGCGUCAACGAGAGGAACCCGCAGGGAGAGACCCCUCUCUUGGCUGCGUGUAAAGCCCUGAGGGGGGAACCCAGUGGACCAGGGACCCUGAAAAUGCUCCAAUACCUACUGGACAACCAGGCAGACCCUAAUGCCCAGGACCGGUCUGGUCGUACAGCUCUGAUGUGGUCCUGUAUGGAGAGGGCUGGAGCUCAAGUGGCCUCUACUCUCAUCUCAGCUGGAGCUGAUCCCAGUAUGGAAGACUACUCUGGGGCUUCAGCACUGGUCUACGCCGUCAACGCGAAUCACCAGCCUACGCUACAGGUGCUGCUGGACGCGUGCCGUGCCAAAGGCCGGGACCUCAUCAUCAUCACCACGGAGAUAGGCGUGAGCGGGGGCUCGGUGACCAAGCGCUACCUGAAUGUACUGCCGUCUCCCGACACAUCGCCUGUCCCCUGCAUGUCGCCCUCUGACAUCAUAAUCAAGACAGGCUCACCCAACUCACCUGACGGAGACAAUGUGUUCAACUUCAGAGGAUCAGGUAAGAGGGGGAAUUGCGCCAACAGACUCUCCCCCUGUGAGCUGAGUUCAGUGGACCAGUCCAGUACUCCCCCUCCCAGACAGCGCCAGUGGUCUGAACCGUGGCUGGCUAUUCACAACCUGGCUCAACUCAACAAGGUCUACCAGGAAGGAGGGAGGGAGAGGCUGGGGGAGGAAGGAGGAGAGGGAGAAAGGGGACCUGAUUGUCACGACUGUGACUUGGAACAGACGGUGAAGGCAAAACGAGGGAGCGCGAAAGAAGAGAGAGAGAAUCGAUCUGCCCAUCACCACCGGAGGGAGAUCUCCCAAGCAGCCGCUCGACCUGCCCUUUCCCCGACAACGGAGCACCUUCCCCAGGUCUUUCAGAGCAGACUGACCCCUGAGACAAGCUUAGCCGCUGGACACUUCAGAGGAGAACUCCCCAGUGUCCAAAUAGCUUUACAGUGUAAAGGAGGAUCUAAUCUCAUUGAAGGGCGGGCCUGGAUUGCUCAAACUGCUCUACCGCCUCUUUCUCGCCGCUCUACCGCCUCUUUCUUGCCUCUUCGUCACCGCUCUACCGCCUCUACUCCAGGUAACUGCAGUGUUUAAGACCAGACCGUUAUUCUGCCACUGAAAGCCGUCAUAUCUCACCCCAUGGUCGCUCCAAUGACUGUUCCUGCCACCAGUCCCCUCAGACCCAGAUUCAACCUGAACAGGCCUCCUGUCAGAGCUGCGUAACACACACAAGGAAGAAUGUCACGUUUUACCAUAUCACACUCAAAUUUGUAAUGUUAAUUUAAUAUUAAAUAAAAAUACAAUAAGUCAUUCAGAUUAGAUACUAACUGUUAAUUUCAAAAAUAUCACAAUGAACUGUUCAUACUGAAGAAUUCACUAGGAUCAUAAAUACUAAUUCACAACAAUUGUAUAUUGGUUUGUAUUUAUUUAGAUAACAACGCAGAGGAAUAAGUGCAUGUGUAGAGUAUGUUGUGGAAUUCUCUCAAAUGAGAUAAGAAUCUCUUCAGCCAGUGAAUUGUGUAUAAUGUGCUUACAAUCAGACUGUUAUGUAAUUAUGUUCACAUUGUCACGCUCCAUCAUGUUGGAUGCUAUGCUAAUUGUCACAACAUCCCUUGUAGAACGUCAGGAAAUGAAUACAUAUAAUAGAUAUGAACUGGUUAUUUUCUUCAAAAUUCUAACAAAAUAUAUAUAACAUGUACUAUAACAUGAUGCGCUUACAAAUUAUUUACAAAUGCAAUAUGUCAUUAUUAUUAACAUUUCA